AUGCCAUCAAUUACUACAAGCGACAAAACUGAAAUCUUUUACAAAGACUGGGGAUCGAAAGACGCGCAUCCAAUUAUGUUCCACCACGGUUGGCCGCUGUCGUCGGAUGAUUGGGAUACCCAAAUGUUGUUCUUCGUCAAUCAGGGCUACCGUGUCAUUGCCCAUGACCGCCGGGGCCAUGGUCGUUCUUCGCAGACUGCCACGGGAAACGAUAUGGAUACAUACGUUGACGAUGUGAUUGCUUUAACUAAUGCGCUGGACCUCAAGAACGCUGUCCACAUUGGCCACUCUACCGGGGGUGGAGAAGUCGCCCGUUAUGUUGCCAAAGCCAAACCUGGCAGAGUGUCCAAGGCUGUUCUUGUUAGUGCAGUAACACCAUUCAUGGUCCAGAGCGACAUCAACCCAGCAGGCACUCCUAAAAAGGAUCUCGAUAACAUCCGUGAGCAAGUUGCCACCAACCGUUCAAAGUUCUAUUACGAUUUUACUCUGCCAUUCUAUAAUUUCGAUCGUGUUGGUGUCGAGGUCAACGAGCCAGUGCGUUGGAACUGGUGGCGCCAGGGCAUGACUGGUAGCGCUUUAGCACACUAUCAUGGCAUUGCAGCGUUUUCUGAGACCAAUUUUCACGAGGAUUUAAAAAAAAUCUCUGUUCCAGUUUUGGUUCUCCAUGGCGAAGACGAUCAGGUGGUUCCCUUUGAAGCUUCCGGAAAGCAGACCGUUAAGCUGAUCAAAGGUGCUCAGCUCAUUUCGUACCCUGGCUUCCCCCACGGCAUGCCAGUCACACAUGCAGAUGCCAUCAACAAGGAUAUUUUGAAGUUUAUCAAGUCCUGA